AUGAAUCAGAGACAGCGCAAGUUCCAUGACAAAGUCAAGAGUGCGAGUGGAUUACUCAAUUUGGAUGAGAAUCAGAUUGGCGAUAAUGAAGCUCGGGCGAUCGCUGAGGCUCUCAAGGUGAACAAGACGCUGACAGAGCUCCAUCUGUACACGAAUCGCAUUGGAGAUGCUGGAGCGAAGGCGAUUGCUGAGGCACUCAAAGUCAACAAGACCAUGACUUUGCUCCAUCUACAACAAAAUCACAUUGGCAAUGCUGGAACACAUGCGAUCGCUGAAGCCCUCAAAGCGAACACGAGGCUACGCGAGCUCUUUCUGAGUGAGAAUCAGAUUGGCGAUGCUGGAGCGCAAGCGAUUGCUGAAGCACUCAAAGUGAACAAGACGCUGAUUUCUCUCACUUUGUAUGAAAAUUUCUUGACCAACGAUGCAAUCGCUGAACUCAGACGAACAGGCAAUGCUGUUUGUAAACUUGAUUUCGAAGCAGGCAAGCUUGACGACCAGCGUGUUCCAUCGCCUGAAGAACUGGCUCUGCUUGCAAACGCUGCAUCCGAUAUUCAGCAACUGCGCUCCUCGCUGGCUGCCAACGAGCAGGAGCUGGCUACCAAAGAGCAGGAAUUGCAGCAACUGCGCUCCGAUCUCGCUGCCAAAGAUCAGGAACUGAAGUCAGCUCUUGAACAGAUCGACGUGCUUAAGCGCCACCAGCCCGCCUUUGAAUCCGCGGUGGACUUUGACGGCCACAUCCAGCAAGUGUCUCUCGCAACUCUUGUCACGGCCACGAACAAUUUCGCAGCUGGUUCUUUUCUCGGCGAAGGAGCAUUUGGUCGUGUGUACGGUGCCAGCUUGCUUGGGCCUCCUGUUGCCGUUGCCGUUGCCAUCAAGAAACUGUCCACUGAAGCAAAGCAAGGCGCUGCCGAAUUCAAGUCGGAACUGGACUCUUUGUCGAAAUUCCGCCACGCAAACAUCAUUGCCAUUCUGUCGUAUGCUGAGGAAGGCGACGAGCGAUGUCUGGUUUACGAAUUCAUGCCGAAUGGUUCUGUUCGCGAUCGUCUCAGUCGCAAGAACGACACUCCCGCGUUAACCUGGUCCCAGCGCCAUCGCAUUGCUGUUGAUGUCUCCCGCGGCAUGCACUAUGUUCAAACCGCCUUUCCUGACCAUGCACUGUUCCAUCUCGAUCUCAAGACGGACAAUGUUCUGCUGGACGCGCAUUUCAAUGCGAAAGUUUCUGAUUUUGGCCUCGUUCGUGCUGCCAAACACCUCGAUGAUAAGAGCUACCUGCGCACGCAGACUGUUCAAGGAACCAUUGCUUACAUGUGUCCCGAGUUCCUCGAAGAAGGCCGCAUGACCGUCAAGACGGAUGUCUACGCCUUUGGCAUGAUUCUGCUGGAAUUGACAACUGCAGCAAAACCAGGCACUCGGCUCAGGUCGGAGGUGCGAAAAGCUGUGAAAAACCAAACCAUCAAUGGCAUGCUGGACUCGGCACUCAAACCAACCGAGGCAGAGAGUCAGAGCCUCAGCGAGCUUGUCACGCUGGCACUCGAGUGCCUUGAAGAUGCACCUGACGAUCGCCCAUCCUUUGGUCGCCUCCUUGCCACUUUGGAUCCCUGA